CAUAGCGAAUGAUGAAGUUUAGAUUUUGAAAGUGAAAAUUUUGCGCUGCCGUAUUUCGCAUUCGUUCUAAGUCCGUAGUAAUUGUUUAUUUUCUUUAUAAAUACUGAUAAUCCCAAGUGAAAUCUUGAUUCUGCUUAUAUUUGCCAAAAGGCUAAAACUAAAAUUGCUGGAAUUCAACAUGGCUUUCAAUCAAAAGAAUCCGCCAUGGCAGCGCAAUGCCGGACAAAAUAUUACCGGAAUGCAAGCGUUAGUAAGCUUUCCACAGACGCAGCCUGUUUUCAACCAAAACAUCGGUCUCCAACAACAGCAAAAUCUGUCUUUGAUACCACAAAUGAGCUUGCAGCAGCAACAAAUAUACUCCCAAACUGUUCAAUAUCCGGCAUCACGUCCAAUGAAUGCUAUUGCUUUUCAAGGUCAAACACAAUCGCAAUCAUCGCAGGUUGGUCAGAGUUCUUCGAAAUUCAAUCCGAAUCAGCGAGUUUUUAGCGGUACAGGUCAUGUUACCAAGGUUCAAAAUGAUUUUGGUUUCAUAGAUGAAGAAGUUUUCUUUCACAAAAAUGUUUGCAAAGGAUCAUUUCCCAAGAGCGGCGAUAGAGUUUUGGUAGAAGCGGCAUAUAAUCAAAAUAUGCCGUUCAAAUGGAAUGCUACUAGAGUUCAAGUUCUACAGCCUACAACAGGCUCGGUCGGUAGUACUCGCCUAAGUUAUAGUUCGAGUCAAAAUGCCAGCUCCGAUCGUUCUGUGCGAAACCGCUAUUCGCCAACCCGCAAAUCACCUGAUCGACAUCUCCAUCGUUCCUCAAAUCAUGAGACGCGGCAGCGCGAUAUAGACAACGAUGGUCGCCGUCGUCGCCGCGAUGAUAGGGACGUUGAUCGUCACAGAGACAAGCAACGUGAUCGCACACCAGAACGCAAGGAUCGUGAUAGAAGCCCUAUCAGAAAAUUGUCACCGAAACGUAGAAAGGUUCGUCCAGCUCCACGAUACAUGGUACAAAUGCCGAAGCAACUUCUAACACUGAAAAAUGCUGAUAUCCUUGAGUUGCGUCGUCGAUAUCAUACGCUUUAUAUACCAUCCGACUUUUUUACAGCGCAAAUACGUUGGGUCGAUGCCUUUCCACCAAAUGAACCGUUUACAAUACGUAAACCUUGUUUAUUCCAUGUUAUGCAUAAGGAUGUCGAACCGUUGCAUACAAAUGACAAUCUCACGGAACCGAUAGACGCUGAUUAUUUGUAUAGUGCAAAAGUAAUGCUAAUGAGUACACCACCUAUAGCUGAGUUUUAUCAAAAAUGUUUCGCUACUGGAGAAGAACGUGACCGGUCAGAUGACGAUCGCGACUUUUUACAUCCUACACGACUAAUUAAUUUUCUUGUUGGCAUUCGUGGAAAAAACGAAACAAUGGCUAUAGGGGGUCCAUGGUCCCCCUCACUGGAUGGCGAAAACCCGCAUUCUGAUCCAAAUGUGCUCAUAAAGACUGCAAUUCGAACAUGUAAAUUGCUUACAGGGAUAGAUCUUUCAAAUUGUUCACGCUGGUACCGUUUCGUGGAGCUCUAUUAUCGUCGUUCAGAAACCUACCACAAAGGUCAUUUGAUUCCAUCACGUGUCGAAACUGUGGUUAUAUUUCUUCCUGAUGUACGUUCCUGCCUACCGACGCAGCAGGAGUGGGAGGAGCUGCAUCUAAGUUACAAAUCGCAUUUGGAGCGUAUUGUCAAUAUUCCGUGUGCUGAUAGUCUUCAUGGGACUAACUCUUCACCAGCAGUUGGCACCGUAUCACAAACUAUCGAUGGAGCUGACGAAAAACUUGCAUCUGACGCCAAUAAUGACAACCUAGUAGGUGCAGCGAAUUACACUUCUAACAGUCCGGUAGCAGCAGCUAAGUUCGGUAACACGGAGAACAGCGAAGCGGUCGGGUUAAACGAUGCAAACGAAGACACAACGACUACAACUGUUCCAGACAAUGAAAAGGAUGAUACUAUUGCAGUGGAUGCUGACGGUUUGGAAAAAUCAGAAAUAUCCAAUUCCCCAUCUCUUGAUGUUAAGAAAUUGAAGGUUGCCGAUCUGAAGACGGAGCUACAGGCAAGAAAACUACCAAUAGAUGGUGUAAAAACUGUUCUGGCAGAUAGACUGAUCAAAGCAUUACAAAAAGAAAAACGCCCGGACCCUGUAGAACCAGGCGAUAUAUCAACUGAAAAGUUUUGCGAGAGUAAUACUGAUGAAAAGCUUGAUGAGAACAUUAAAAUAAAACAAAUAGAAAAGAAUGAAGAAGAGGAAUACGAAACAAUGGAUAAUGUCGAUAUGUCAGAAGUUACAGUAAUUGAUGAGUAUGAUUCUACAAAGUCCGAGGAGAAAUCUAAUGAUGAAGUGAAAAAAUUUGAUUCGUAUAAACACAGCGAAAAAGAACGUCAAUUAUUGGAAAAAAGAUAUUCCCUCCCAAAUCAACCGCAUAUUAUUGUACAUCCAUCUCGUAUAGCAAAAUCUGGUAAAUUUGAUUGUGCCGUUAUGUCACUGUCGGUGCUCUUAGAUUAUCGCCCAGAAGAUUCGAAAGAACAUUCCUUUGAAGUUUCUCUAUUUGCUGAGCUAUUUAAUGAGAUGCUAACUCGUGAUUUUGGAUUCAACAUUUUCAAAGCAUUACACAUCAUACCGGCUAAGAAAAAUGAUGAUUCUAAAAAAGAACAUACUACCGAUGAAAAAGAGAGUUUGGAAAAUAAAAUAAAUGGCAGCGAGGAGAAAGAACGAGAAAAAUGUACUGAUGAAAACUUAAGAUGUAAAGAUGAUGAUGAAAAGGAGCGAAAUGUAGACCGCGAUCGUGAUUCUCGAAAGCGAUCUCGUUUUGAUGCUCUCGACGAUGAUCGUCGUCGCAAGGAAAAAGAAAAUGUAAAGGAUAAGGUUAGCUACUAUACAGCUGAUCGUGAGUUGCUGUUGUCCUUUGUGUACUUUGACGUUAGCCACUGUGGUUACAUUUUUGAUAAAGAUAUUGAAGAUCUCUUGUAUACACUUGGCUUAAAUCUGUCACGAUCCCAGGUUCGCAGAGUAACUGCUAAGGCCUUGACUAGGGAUAUGCUAUAUUACAGAAAGCUAACUGAUAAAGUUAAAGAAUCGGUUGUUGACAAGAAAGCUGACAAAGAUAACUCUGACAAUGAACAACAUAAACAGUUGGAAGACAUCUCAAAUGAUUUAAGGGAGAAUGAAAUUUCAGAAACAGUUCUCAAGGAACUGGCUACUGGUAAUAAUAACUUUUUGGAGCAAAUGCAAAUAAACCUUACUGCGCUGCUAAAAAUCGAUGACGACCCACCAUACAAAGAAAUAAAAAUGGAACCCACUCCAAAUGAUGCUGAUGUAAUUCCGAAAACUAGUAAUGGUUUAGUAGUGCACAACGGUGCUGUUUUAGAUAUUCCGAAAUUAUUAGAACAAAUUAGGCGUUCAGAGAAAGCUUGUGAAGAUGCGGAAGUACAAUUGGUAGACCUACGUCAUGAAAACACUGACUUGUUGAAAACCCACGGUAAAGCUAACGAUAAGAUCAAAGAACAGGCGGCAGAUAUUAAAAGUUAUAACAGAAAACUUGUUGACGCAGAACAAAAUUUAAGAGAGAUGACAAAAAGAUCCAACGAAUAUUUCUCAACCUUGUCCAGCGUGUAUGAUCGUGUAAGCAUAAUAGUGCAUCGUACUGAUGCUAAACGAUCAUCGUCAAGCACAUCUUCUAAGCGCGGGAGCUCGAAGGACCGUUUUUGUCGUAAGGAAAGAAAAUCUAAGGAUGACGAGGGUACCGAAAAGCUCAAAACUGAAGAAAAAGCAAUAGACUCCGUUGGCGCAGAAUUGCCCAUUGUUUGUAAUGAGUCAAAAGAUGUUGCUAGCGAAAAUCUGAAUACUCUUAAAGAUCCUGUUAUAUCAUCUGAUAAUCAAUAAGUUAUACCGCUAGUUGACAAUGCAUAGAUGGAUAGAUAGAUGCAUAAAUAUUCAAAACAAUUGAUAAUCUUUCAAAUCGCGUAUUUUAUCUGGAACAUACAUAUUUGUAUUAAUGAAAUAAUUCUUAGGUUUAGAAAACGAAUUACAUUUUGCUUCAUAGAGUG